AUGAACGGCAACUCAACACAAACCCGACCGCUAAGUGUCAUCGUGACCGGCGGCUCGAGCGGGCUUGGAGCCACGAUGACAAAGUACUUUGCUUCUCUGGGUUAUGCCGUCAGUAUUCUCGACGUCAACACCGCCUUGGGCCAUAAGGUGGUGACCGACAUAGGAUCAGAGUAUCCGCAAUCAUCCAUCAGCUUCAAGCGUGUGGACGUCACAUCAUGGUCAGACCUAGACACAGCGUUUAGGGAGGUCUACCAGCAGCGCGGGGCCGUCGAUAUCGUCAUGGCCAACGCCGGUAUCUCGGAACAGGGUGCUAGCAGUCUAACGCUCGUCGACGAGGAAGAGCCGUCGCAGCCAAGACUCAGGACGCUAGAUGUAAAUCUAACGGGUGUGAUAUACACUGUCAAACUUGCAGCACACUACAUUAGGAAGAACAAGCCAGAUCCCACAACCGGAUCACGGGGUACUAUCAUCUGCACUUCUUCAAAUGCGGGUCUAUACCCAUUCCCCGUAGCUCCCAUGUAUGCUGCCUCAAAAGCCGGCGUUAUCGGGCUCGUUCGAUCCCUAGCAAGGGUUCUCGAACGCGUCAACAUCCGCAUCAACGCAUUAGCACCCGCAGUCCUCGAAAGUGGUCUGGCUCCAUCAAAAGCCUUAUUCGAAGAAAUGAUCGUCACGCCACAGGAGACGCUCAUCAAGGGCAUCGCGCAGCUCAUCGAGGAGCCCAAGAUUAAUGGUGCCGUAGCCGAGAUCCACGGCAACAGUGUGACGCUGCGCCCGCCACACGAGUACGUGGACGAGGCUACGCACUCUAACCUUGAGACUUUCUGGAAGCUCGGCGUUGCUUAA